AAAUGGCGGUGCUUUACCAGACGAGCUUUCUCGUUAAAGGUUACAAAAGGCUGUUACAUAUUCAUAGCUUUCCCCUGCCCUCGCGCUGCGUAAGAAGUAUGAAAUGUUAUGAUGAGUUCUAGAUCAGAGGAUCAUGAAAAACAAACAAUGGAGAAACACUCAACCACAAGCAGCAUUAUCCAGUUCCCACAGCUCCUGCAGCAGUCUAUUCCAGUUGGCAUCACAACUGCUGGGGGAGCUGGGCUCAUUGUUCAAAAUCAGUUUGGUCAGCAGGCAGUGAUCCCAGUCUCAUCAGCUAUGCAAAACUCUGGCUUGACCUUGACCCCAGAACUUCAGCAACUUCUCCUGCAGUCUCAGGUACAGCAACAGAAAAACAACCAGCAAUUGGGACAGGUGCUCAAUCUGAGCACAGACAACAAGGAGAUGAAGCCUUUAUACCUGGGCACCAACUCUAGUGCCCUGUCAGCUUCUAGCUUUGCCUCCUUGAGGUCCAGCAGUAGCACAACACCAUCAACACAGUCCCCAUUAUUUGCCACCACCACAUCUGACCACCAGUCAAGCCUGGCCGCCACAUCAAUGACCCAGUCCCUGGCCCAGAUGUUGCAGGGUGCUCAGACUGUGUCCAUGUUACAAGGUGGCCAGCUCCAGCAGUUCCUGGUGGUCAGCCCAUCACAGCUGGGCCAGCUGACCGGGACCCAGCUGCUGAUCCCAAACCAGAACACUCUGCCCAACCUCCUGUCUGCUGGAGGCCUGAUGUUGACCCAGCAGGUAUCAGCCCAGCCCCAGCACCAAGAGUCACCUAUGCAAUCACCUGAACAAAGCUCCUCACCCCCUGCAUCACCUCAAGGCAGCCCCAGAGAGAAUUCCCCUGUUCUGAUGGGAUCUAAUGAUAUGAUGGAGGAAACAAUGAACAUUGAUCUGGAAGAGCUGGAAAUGUUUGCAAAGACAUUCAAGAGACGAAGAAUUGAACUAGGUUUUACACAAGGAGAUGUAGGCCUAGCCAUGGGCAAGUUGUAUGGAAAUGAUUUUAGCCAGACAACUAUUUCAAGAUUUGAAGCUCUUAAUCUGAGCUUUAAAAAUAUGUGCAAGCUAAAACCAUUGCUGCAGAAAUGGUUACAGGAUGCAGAUGUGAUGUCACGUAACCCAACACCACUGUCACCAGGGGGUGGGGGAGCGGAGAGCUUGGGCAGGAGGAGAAAGAAGCGCACCAGCAUAGACACUGUCAUUAGAGUGGCAUUAGAGAAAAGUUUCCAGGGAAAUCCAAAACCUACCUCAGAUGAUAUUUCAUUAAUAGCUGACACUCUCAACAUGGAGAAGGAGGUAAUCCGUGUUUGGUUUUGCAAUCGUCGGCAAAAAGAAAAACGCAUCAACCCUCCUAGUUCAAGUUACAACCAAACUCAGAUCCAAAUAAUGAAUCCAGCCGGGGACAACGGCACCUCCAAAUCUGACACUAACACUACAACUUUACUUCUGUGCCCCAGCCAACCCAGUCAACUGGACCAACUCCUCCAACAGCACCAGCGCAUGAUGGAAGCAAAAUCAGGGGAGGCGGGUAACAGGGGAACAUCAUCAGGCUCGCCCCCACCUGCGCAGGGCUCUGACAGCAUGGCAGCUGGUGACUCGUCAUCCCAGUCUUCCAAUCAGAACAGCUCCUCCCUAGGCCUGUCACUAGCAUCUUCCACCAUCUCCAACGGGAGUUUGUUAUUUUCACCAGCUGUCCUCUCCACUGACUCGGCCAAUGCUGCCACAAUUUUAUCACUGACAAGUAAAGGAUUUACAUUACCAACCUCCAGUUCACAAUCUUUCAACUCAGCAAUUUUGUCCAUGAAGCCAGAGUCACUGACCCUCCACCCAUCCUCGACUACUGCCUUACUGAAAACAAACAGUAGCUCUUCAAAUGGUUCACAGUUUCAGCUUUUCUCUCAUUUCUCAUCCAAUGGUGAUACUUAAAAAACUAGUGGCCCAUUGAAUCUAUCUCAUUAGCAUUUGUGUGUGACAUGCACAGAUCCAGCUAAAAUGUAUACAUAUGCAUUUCACACAAAUCUAGUAAACAUCCAAGCUUGACAUGCAAGCAUGCAUGCAGUGAUCCAGCAAAUCUAAUAAACAUUUGACAUAUGCAGCAGCUAUGAUAGAAUGACAUGAGUUUGACACACACAGGUG